CACAACACAACGCCAUUUUCAGCGAUCUGGCGGCUCGGAGCUGUGUGGAGCAGAGAAGUAAAUAGGUCACAAGACUGACGGAAAAAUACUCAAACUGAUUUUUAUUAAAACAAAAGGUUUGGAUUCGCCAACCUUCCCGCUCACCCUGUAUCGGCUGAGAGCAAAUGAUUGUGAUCGGUUGGCCAGCUCGGAUGCGGUAUUCCAGUGCAGGACCGGGUUGAUGUGAAAAGUGAUCGCCUUUUUCACUGCGACUGCAAGCUAAACAAACCAGAAUGAAAAGAACGAAACAAGGUGAUGAAGAGGAAGAAGGGGUUGGAGGUGGCGGAGGAGGAGGAGGUGGCAGUCCCACCCCCGGCCCCUCAAAGCUGUGCAAGAGGCUGUGUGGGCACGACUCAGAGGAAGACACCCAAUCGGACCAGGACCAGGACAAGGAUCUGGAUCCAGAGUGGGACGAGAACACCCCUAACUGGGGCCGCCUGCCCCAGGAGAUCCUGCUCCAGAUAUUCCAGUACCUGCCGCUGCUGGACCGGGCCUUCGCCUCCCAGGUGUGCCGCAGCUGGAACCAUGCCUUCCACAUGCCGGAGCUGUGGAGGUGCUUUGAGUUUGAGCUCAAUCAGCCAGCCAGCUCUUACCUGAAGGCCACCCACCCAGACCUCAUCAAGCAGAUCAUCAAGAGGCACUCCAACCAUCUGCAGUAUGUCAGCUUUAAGGUGGACAGCAGCACAGAGUCCGCGGAGGCAGCCUGUGACAUCCUCUCUCAGCUGGUGAACUGCUCCCUCAAGACCCUGGGGCUCAUCUCCACAGCCAGGCCCAGCUUUAUGGAGCUGCCUAAGUCUCACUUCAUCUCAGCACUCACCGUGGUGUUCGUCAACUCCAAGUCCCUGUCGUCUUUGAAGAUUGACGACACGCCGGUGGACGACCCCUCUCUGAAGGUGCUGGUGGCCAACAACAGUGACACCCUCAAGCUGCUGAAGAUGAGCAGCUGUCCGCAUGUCUCCCCUGCAGGUAUCCUCUGCGUGGCAGACCAGUGCCACGGCCUGAGGGAGCUGGCACUCAACUACCACCUGCUGAGCGACGAGCUGCUGCUGGCGCUGUCCUCAGAGAAGCACGUCCACCUGGAGCACCUGCGCAUCGACGUGGUGAGCGAGACGCCGGGCCAGCAGUUCCACACCAUCAAGAAGAGCAGCUGGGACGCCAUGCUGCGCCACUCGCCCAAGUUCAACCUGGUCAUGUACUUCUUCCUCUACGAGGACGAGUUCGGGCCCUUCUUCCGCGACGAGAUCCCGGUGACGCACCUGUACUUCGGCCGCUCCGUCAGCAAGGACGUGCUGGGCCGCGUGGGGCUGCACUGCCCCCGCCUGGUGGAGCUGGUGGUGUGCGCCAACGGCCUCCGUCCGCUCGACGAGGAGCUCAUCCGCAUCGCCGAGCGCUGCAAGAACCUGACGGCCAUCGGACUGGGCGAGUGCGAGGUGUCGUGCAGCGCCUUCGUGGAGUUUGUGAAGAUGUGCGGCCGACGCCUGUCGCAGCUGUCCAUCAUGGAGGAGGUGCUGGUGCCCGACGACAAGUACGAACUGGACGAGAUCCACUGGGAGGUGUCCAAGCACCUGGGUCGGGUCUGGUUCCCCGACAUGAUGCCCACCUGGUAGACGGGGGGGGGGUCCACGCUUGUAUGGUCACCUGUGGCCCGGUGACGGCCCAUCGCCCGCACCUCUCCGGCACCGCUCUCGUCUGUCUCCUUGCCUUUUCUGCUGGAAUGAAUGAGGAAUCACUAAGUAGUCCUCUCAUCCUCACAGCUUUUCCUCCCCUCUCAACCCCCCAGCUCCGCUUAUCCACCUGAUGUGUAUAUGAGGGAGAGAGAGAGAGAGAGAGUUGUAUUCAGACUCUGUCAUGGUCUCUUCUGCUCUGCUCUGGCUACAGAACAUGUCAUUGGUGUGUGUGUUUAUGUGUAAAGUAGACAUCUGCAUUUACAUGUGUCUGUGGUGGCUAGUUUUCAGCAUGGGAUUUGAGUUUUAACAAAUGAAGUCUAAAUGUAAGUAAAGCAAGAGGGGGCGUCACUGCUCGGCACCGAGAUCGCCGAUCGACCAAUGAAACAUCAUACCAGACAUGGUUCUCAGCUCAUUGGUCAGAUUGUAAGAUCUCAUGGAGAUGCAAAUCAGUUGAAACUGAGGGGGAGGAUAUUUCUUCAGAAAUGGAACGAGAGAUUCAGCAGAUGCGUUGUGCUGAGUGCGAGUGGCUGAAAUAGUGUCUUUUUUUGGAAUGAGUUCUUGUUUGAUUAGCAAUUGGUGUGGAAUUGAUGCUAGUGUAGGAUCUCAAGUUUCACUUCUGGGAAGUAUCUGGAAGGUAUUUCAUUAUCCAUUUGGAUAUCAAAAUAUAGCACCUUUUGAAAGAAAUGAAGAAAGCAAUGUAUUUCAAAGAAAAAUGGUUUAAUUAUAUUGCAUAUAUUUUUGUUUAGCUAAUCCUUGACUCUGCAAGCAGAUUGGCUAAUUGAUCCAGACAGUACUUAAAAAGUCUUGAGCAAGUUGGCAGGAUGGCUGGACAUGUCCAUUAGUCCAGGAGAAGAGAAUGGAGCUUGAUUCGAAUCGUACCACCAGUUGUCCAUUUACCCUCCCACUAACAAUCUUGCACACUUUGGUCUGCUCCAGAGCUAUAAACUCACCCGAGUCUAAACUCUACAAGGUGCAUUUUGGCUUUUGUCUCUCCUACCGCUCGUGAGAGCCACCUUCCCCUGUUGAUGGCGGUUUUGUGCUGUUGUGGAAGACCUUUGGCAUCCCACACCGUCUACCCCGACAGACAGGAGGAAGCACCGCCCUGACUCCGCUAUUUUUAUACUGUACAUAAAUAAUGUGGGUAUUUUUGUUUGUGGUCCUGGAAGGGGAAUGACCCAUGGGUUCCUGUCCAGAUAAGAUGAUUUUCCUGACCUGGCAGAUGUUUGUUUGUUUUUCAUUUCUACUUGCUAAGACGUAAAGGAAGUUCGUGGUGUUUUUUUCUCUCCUUUCUCCCUACUCUCAAUUUCCCUUCCCUGCUUUUCCACAGCAUCCUUCCCUUGUUCCCAUGACUGUCCAACCUUUGCUUAAUCCCGUCUAAUUUAUUCAGUGUAAUACUGCUUUUUGUAUUCAUCAGUGGUUUGUAUUGAUGAUGAUGAUGAUGAUGACGAUGUUGUGUAUAGUUUCUAAGUGACGUAUGUAUGUAUGGACAUGUGUGAAAACAGCAGCAGUGGCUAAAUGCCUGCCUAUGGUGGGGCGGGAGCCUUGAUCAGCUCUUUCCCACAGACCUCCUGCAGGAGGAGGCACGCCAUGUAGAGCGCAGGUGUUUACGGUUCCUGUCAUAACAGAGCAACUCUUCUCUUCUAGAAGCUCUAUUUCAUGACAUUUACACUAUGUCACUGUGAUGGGACAUUAGUUUCCUUUCAUUUUCAUGCCUACUUCAAAGACGUACACAAAUUCUCACACUAUUUCAAGGUGAUGGUUUUUACUUUUGUUUUUAUUUCUACAUAUAGAAGAUUCUGAUCAAAGAAAUAUCCUCAAAUGUUCUGGAAAAAGUCACAAGAAAUAAUGAUGGAACUAAAUGGUCAGUCUUUGUAUAAAUGUAGAUUGAACAGAUAGGAACUGGAUCUGUCCCCUGACCUGAAUAUACAUGACCUUUGAUCCACCGGGGUCAGGUCUGUCUCCAUGGUCACGUAGAAAGUGUACAUUCGUCAUGUAGACUUCAGAAACAUUCACACUGUUCUUCUGACAUAUCUGUUCAGUCGUGAUCUGUCCCUCUAAAUCAUCAAAUCCAUUCAAGCUAGGCAGAUGAUUCUAAUUUUAGAAAUGUGUUAGAGAUAUGGAUAUGCAUUUUGUUUCUUUUUAAAUGGAUUACCCCCUGCACUUUAUAUAAAAAUGUAUUCCAUAAAUGUACAUAAUAUAUUACAGACUGAUCAUUAUAUUAGAUUUACUUGUCAUAGCUGUUUUUCUUGAUCAGCUGCAAUAAGUGAAUAGUUCUGUAUGACCUUGUACUAAGGCUAUAGGCUAUUUUGAUUUUCUUUCUGUCCUUGGAUUCUGGCUUGUUGAUUGAGCUCUUUCUUUUAUGUUACAUAAUAGAGAUGUAUCCAGAAAAGGCAGUCAUCCAAUAUUGUGGAGACUUAUUUUUGUUUGUUUGUUUUGCGUUUUUGCUUUUGAAUAAAAUGUUGUGACCGUA